AUCUGACAGUCUACUUAUGAAGUAAAGAGAGUUUUUUGAAAAUGUUUAUAUUAGCGUCUUAUACAUAAUAGUGGAAUUCAUUGUGCCACAUUUACACAUAUUUAGUAUAAUUUGCUCCACUUAAUUCCCUAGUACUUCCCCUUUCCUUUUCCUCCUUUUUCCCAUGAUCCCCUUCCUCAACUCUACUGUUCUUCCUUCGAUUUAUUUAUUUUAAUUGGUACAUUAUAAUUAUGUAUAAAAGUGGGAUUCAUUGUGAUAUAUUCACAUAUGUACAUAGCAUAACUUGACAAUUUAAUUUGUCAAUUUCUCUCCUUUCCACCCUCCUGCCUCUUCUAGAUCCUCUUCAUCCACUUUACUAUUCUCCUUUUUUUUUUUCAUGAGAUCCUUUUUUUAUCCCUUAUUUCUUGUAAAGAGAAGUACUUUCAGCUUAUGGUUCUGGAGGUUCAAAUGCAAGAUUGGGUGACCCACUGCUUUGGGCCUGUCAUGAGGGCAGCACAUCCUGGUAGAAACAUGUAUCAGAGCAAGCACUCACAUUUUGAGCCAGGAAGAAGAGAGAAACUGUAGUCCCACAAUCUCCUUCAAGGGCACAACUCCAAUGUCCUAAAGAUCUCUUACUAGGCCCCACAUCUUAAAGGUCCAGAGUACUUCUUGAUAGUGUCACCCCAAGGAUCUUUGGAGAACACUACUCCUAUUCAAACCAUGACAAUCUUUAAUGUAUCAGAUACUGUUUAAGCACCUAUAAUGUGUUAGGCACUAUGCUAACUCCUAGAGCAGGGCAGAAGGAGAGUAGAGAUGUAUUUCUGUAUCCUUAGGAAGUUUACACUCUAGAAGGGGAGAAAGGCAUAUUCAUUCACUUAGUAAAUAUUGACUGUGUGACAGGCAAUGUCUCAACUACUGAAUAUCAUGCAGUUCCUGCCCUUUUGAAGCUUAAUGUUGUGUGGGGUGAUAGACCAAUGACAAGCAUGGCAUGAAGUACCAACAAGUGCCAGGGAAGUGCCAAGGAGCUCCUUGACCAUUGUAUCACACUUCUUGCAAGAUCUGUGGGGGACAGGUCACAAAGCCUAAGCCUUAUGCGUUUUGGAAAAGAGACGCUUUGGAGCCCUGGAUAGUAGCUGUGACACGGAACUCUGUGAGAAGCAGUGGGUCAAGCACCUUUACACAUGGUAUGUUAUAUAAUCAUCACAGAAAUAUGAGGUGAGUUCUAUUAUCCAUGUUUUACAAGUGAGGAGGACACAGGGGCUCAAGAGAUGUCAAGGUUGUAUAGCUGAAAUUCAAUCUCAAGUUUGUCUUUGCCAAACCUGGGUUCUUAUCUGCUGUACCAAUCACAGCUUGUGGGCUUAGGGAUAAAUAAUGAGUGAUUCUGAUACACUUUCCCUUUCUCCCUUCCCCUAUAGAGAAUCCUGGCCUACAGAUUGGUUGACUCAGCCUCUUUUAGACUGAAUUUUUUCACUUAGGGUGUGAGAUGGAGAGGAAAAUACACUGGUCUAAGAGUCAGCAGACCUAAGUUCUAGCUUUUUCUCUGUCUUCAUGAGCUGUCUAUGACUUUGGAUAAACAAUCUACUAUGUGAACCUCAGGAUCCUUAUCUGUGAAGAAUGGAGACUGAAGGAGAUCAUCUCUGGAUUCUUGAUGGGAUCUGAUGGCUUCAAAAGGGGCUGUAAUGACAUCUUCUGAGAGAAAAACUACACCCUCUCUCUCGAAUGACACAAAAAUUAGUUCAGUAAAUUGAUUUAUUUUCAAGUUGAUUUGAAGAAUAGAUCUCCAGUGAAGGCAAAGAGUUGUCUUCUUUUUACUGACAACCUAAGACAUGUACAUCUCAACGCCUUUUUGGCCUUUGCUUUCUGCUUAUAGUUCUGACCCCACCCCAUUUUCUUAAUAAAAUGAAAUGAGCCUUAAUUAAUGACACAGGGGUAGGAAGUUAAAGGAAUCCUGUUCUUAGUGGCUGUGUAGUAUUCUGCUGGUGAACGUCCUUUGAUUUAUUUAUAGGGUGCCAGGUUUAGACAAUGAAAGAACAUAUCAUAUUUCAGAGGCUUUAUGGAUUGAUGAUCAUGUCAAGGUUUAUCUUUCUCUCAGAUACACUUUCACUAAAAGGAAAAAAGCUGGAUUUUUAUGGAAAAAGUGACACAUAUGUAAGCCUGGCCAAGACCAUUCCUGAACUGAGCCAAUUCACAACAUGUAUUGAUAUGGUAGCCAAAAAUGGCAAGCCAGGUUAUUGGAAGGCCUUCUCCUAUAUUAUUAAAAACACUGUGUUGGGCAGAGAAGACUUAGACUUUGGACUUGCAGGGGACCAUCGGCAUCUAAUACUACACAACUUGGGCAAGACCUUUUAUGUCAGUUACCGACUGAUUCCAUUUAAAUGGUAUACAAUAUGCUUGAUAUGGGAUGGGGUGAAGGGCAGAUUAGAGAUUUUCCUGAAUCAAAAAAGGUUAGUGAUAAUAAUGGAUGAGCCACGCAGCCUGACACCUAAUGGGACGCUGGUCUUAGGGCACUUGCCCAAGAAUGAAGAUGGCCAGGUGAAAAAAGUGGCACCUCACUUUACUGGCAGCUUAUACUACUUUCAACUCUGGGAUCGCAUCUUGGAAACUGAAGAGUUUAUGAAGUGUUUAGAUGGAAAUAUCAUUAGUUGGGAGGAAGAUGUUUGGCUUCUCAACAAGAUCAUCCCAACUGUUGACAGGACACUGCGCUGCUUUCUUUCUGAAAAUAUGACAAUUGAAGAAACAAGUAUGCCUCUUCCACAACAAAUAAACUUGACAACCGCUUCCCAAAUUACUGAACUAAGACCACAAAAGACUGUACAUGUAUCUGCAGUGAUGUCUAAAAGCAUUCCUAUGGAUGCAACUAAUUAUACAACUUUAUCAUAUUCUAAUAAAAUAUCUUCACCUGUAGAAAUAAUGACUGCAUCAAAAAAUUUAAGGACAUCUAUAGCUGAGACAGCUACCUUUGCUGCAGAUGGUCUAUCUUCUGCAGCCAUCUCUUGGCCUACCCAGAGUACAUCUAUAUGCACUACCACUGAUUCCAUGAAAAUAACUAAAUCCUCAAGUUCAGAAAGCAAAAGGACAACAAAAAUGGCAGAAGUCAUGUCUACUAAGACCUCACAUCCAACUACAGCUAUUAAUUUCCUUUCCACAUCUGGAUUUACCAAGAAUUCAAGUCCAUCAGAAACUUCAGCUGAAUCUCAGUCAGCUAUUAUGAAGACCACAUCUUUAUUCUCAAUUAUUGAGUCAACAUCCAUGUCUACAACAUCUUGGCCCAAACAGAAAUCUACAGUUAUUCCACCUUUCCCUUUUACCACAUCUGGGCAAGAGUUUCUUGUAUCUACAGCUGCCAGAACUGUACCUUGGUCCACAGUACAAGAGACUUCAGGUACAAGUACUGUCACUGAGACUGCAUCAACAUUCCCACCUGAGUCUGUGCUCAUCUCUACAGUUGCUCCAGUGGAUUCUAUAUUUACGAGAAAUCAGACAAUAUCUACAUUGGCAAAAACUGAUGUGCAAACAGCAUUUACAGUUCAUUCUGUUAUGCCUUUUGAGACCACACCUGCUGUAAGAACAGCAGAAACAGAAUGGGCAUCUACAAAUUUCCAGAAUAUUUCUUCACCCAGCUUGGAGGAUGCCAUAUCUACCUCCAAUGCAAAAGACACCUCUUCUAUGGCUUUUUAUUCUGUGACCUCCUCUCCAAUCACUAGAACUCAGAAUGUACAGACAGUUGUUGAUGCUGAGAGUUCAAACACAGCCUUCACUCCUGCAAUCACACUUGCACCUACAGUGGCUAAAACUACUUUCUCCUCCACAAUCGCAGGGUCAGUACAUACUCAUAAUACACCCACAGCUGGUGAACACAUGCUUACUUUAAUUUCUACUAAAUCACUUUCCACAUCCAAGGCAUCUGAAUCAGAUUCCACACCCACAACUGAUGAAACUGCCCAUGGAUUUUCCACCAAUGGUAACACUUGGACUUCUAGGCCAGAACAGACCCUGGUAACAUCUAUAAAUACAACUACCACACUUACACUUGUACCUAAUGAAAAGUUCACAUCAGCAUUACAUGGGAAUAUUACUAAUACAGAAUAUUCAUCCACAACUACUAAUAUUAUCACCCCACUGGAAGCCUCCACAGAAAGUAAGGCUACCACUAGUACUGAUACCACUACAGCUAGAUAUACAACAGCUCUUACCAAAAUAAUAUCUUCACAGUUUGCUAAUUUUUCUACCAUUUCUGGAACUACAAAUGUAACUAAUCUGCCUGAGUUUAAAUUUACCACCUUACUACUAAAAACCAACUCUAUGUCCACAGUAGGUGCAAAUGAACUUCCUUCAACACCAAAGGAGACAGUUGUUCCAUCAGCAGAUAUAACAUCUACCCUUGCUGAUAUUAAACUAAAAUUUUCUACUGAAGAAAACACUUCUGAAGCAACACAAACAGAAACAAAUGGUACAAGCACAUUUGGUGAUACAACAGCCCCAGUACCAAAGUCUGUCACAACAGAAAGAUUCAAUGUUACUGUGACAAGAAAAGAAACAACUUCCCAUCAUCCUAAGGAAAAAUCAACAAUAGCAGCAGUAGCUGAGCUUUCUCAAUUUUCAACAAUGCUGGAAAUGAUAGAUGAAUCAGCACAAACAGUGACAGCUUUUGCCACUGUUUCCCCUUUUCCUGAUACAGAAAAUUUAACUAAUCUAUUGGAUCAUAAAACUGUAACUACUGAGGUGGGAGGGAAUUGGUUUUCAACAAAUUUGAUGCAAACCACACCUAAGAGUCCAUACAAUGGAGCUACAGAAAUCUUUAAUUCAACCCACAACUAUUCAGCACAAUGGACUUCAGAGACACCUGGGGGAAAUUUAGCUCUGUCUCCCACUUCUGGGAAAAUGCAGACAUUCCCUGAACUCCUGGAUGCUUCUACCACAAGAAUAUUGGAAGCCAGUGUCACCACUAUUCCUACAGACAGGACAGCUUUGUUCUCGUCUGCUGAUGUCAUACCUCCACAGACUGCAGCUACUCAUUCCUCAGUAACCCCUAUAGCUGUUACCAGUAUGUUCUCACUGCCAGUUAAUGUUUCUGGUGUCACUUCUUCUGUCGUCUCUAUGGUGGUGUCUGAUGAAACUAAGGUGACCAUGUCUGAGCCUUUUACACUGGCCAAGGAUUUCUCCACAUCUAUGUUCUCGAAUGUUUCAACUCUGUCAUCUGCUACAAAAACCACAGCAUUGGUGCCACAGUUGAGUCAAACAGCUUCCACAACCAGUGAUGCUAUGCCUACCCACAGAAACUCAACUGAUACCACUUCAGAGGCCGUAGUGAUCUCUACUACAAAGACACCCAUGGCAGUUCCCCCUCUGACAGAAACUGUAGUCUCAAUGAGACCUCUCACUCCUGUGACAUCUAACACUAGGACAAUCCUUUCCUCCACCUCAGCUGACAUAGUAACACCAUCCACACACACUCUUGUAUGCUCAAAACCUCCCCCUGACAACAUACCUUUUGUGUCCUCUACUCAUUUGGUCACAACUACAUCUGCACCAGUAACAACUCAACCCAUAUCUCAAGUGGAGAAGACUUCUACCUAUGGUCUUAGCUUUCCAUAUACUUUCAGCAGUGGUGGAAAUACUGUUAGCUUGGCUACUGGCACCACAGAGACCUCUGUUGUUGAUGAAGACAUGUCUUUGCACACCUCUGCCAAAAAUCUUACUACCUCAGUAGGCAUUCACGUUUCUCAGCCUUCCACACGUCUUGUAAACACACCAGUCUUUACCCAAUUGGCAACUGGCACCUCUAAUUUAUCUUCUGACCAAGAGCAGAUAACCACUUCCCUGGGGAAAACCACAAGGACUUUGUCAGGGACAGAAAUGUCUCCUUCAAAGAAUUCUUUUAUUUCCUAUUCCCAGGGUACUUCAUCCUUAGAAAUGACAGAUACAGGAUUUUCUGAAACCACAAAACCUUCUAGCUAUGGAACACAUUCACCUUCAGAGAUUCAAUCUGGGACUAUACCUGAUGGGAAUUCAACUUCAUUUCCGACUUCUGGGAGCACACAGGCUACACUUACCUUGACCUCAAGUAAAACAGCAGAUGUUCACAUUUCAGAAAUGUCUACUAGUUUUGGGAAAACAAUUCUCCCUUCACAAGCUCUGACAAUAACCACUUUUUUGUCUCCUGAUAAAGAAAGCACAAAUGACCUUCAUGUAUAUACUCCCAGAACUGCAGAAAUAAUAGUGAAUUCCUCCUCUACAACUCACCUUGUCUCAUAUCACCAGAAUACUUCAAUCAUUCAUACCAUAACUCCCAGGACAACCAGAAUAUCAAAUAAUGUACUCAUCAACACAACUCUUUCAGACCUGCCUUCACUUAAGACUCAACCUGAGAUAACUUCAUUAGUUGCCUCUUCUACUUCUGAAAGCAUACAUACUUUCCCUAAGUCUUUGUCUCCUUCCACAGCUGGAUUAUCCAAUAACAAUUUUACAAUGAUUUCAACUAAUGGGAUCACUACAGUCCUUUCUGUAACUACAACACUUCUUGGGGAAACUUCCACAACAACCUCAAUUCCUGUUUACCAUAUAACCUCACUGCCAGUUAAUGCCACUACUUUCACUUCCAAAAAUGCUUCUGAUACUCCCACAAUACCAAUGACCAAGUCUUCUAAAACCACACACUCAAAUUGUUUGAAAAAUACUACUAUGACCACUUCUGGGCCCACAUUUGAGAUGUCUUCUAGGCCAAUUAAUGAUUCUGUUUCCUUACCUGCAGCAGGUUCUUUUGACACUUCCACAACAAGUGGGUCAUUCUCUAUUUUAUGGUCUUCAAGUACCCCUAGGACUGCUAUGACCACACAAAUAUCUACACUGAAUGCCAUACCUGUGACAUAUGUUGAACCUACUUCAGAAAUGAUCACACCUACAGCCACAUCCUUUCCAACACAGCCAAGUUUUCUAUCCAUGAAAACCAUUUCAACCACUAUUCCAGCUGGAAUAGUGACUUCAGUUGUAGGUACCACUGCCACCUCUCUACUUAGUUCUAAGAACAGUGAAGCUAUUUCCUCCAUUCCAACAAGCACGUCUUCACCAUUGCUAUCAACAAUCCAACAAUCAUUAAAAGGAGAUGAAGCUACAACCCUGGGCAUAUUACUUGGGAUUACUAACAGCUCCCGUUUGGCUAUGAGCAGUGGUAGAGUGACAUCUCUCGCAAAUACUUAUUCUAGAACUCCUGUCCCUGAAAAUGGGCUUUUGCCUACUCCUUCAGAUAAUCUUCAUACUUCCUUGAAUAUCCAGGUUUCCCCAUCUUCAACUGACUCUAAGAGCACUUUUGGAUCCACAAAAAGUGUAAAAGACACCACCAUUUACCUUUCCUCUAAUAUGGGAAAUAUGACUUCCUUGUCAGAAAAUAUCUCCUUAUCAGCUGAGAUAACAAAAAGAGCUACAUCUGGGAAUACUCCUGUUUUAUAUCCUUCAUGGACCCCAUCCAAUACAACUACACCCUCUUUGACAUCACUUCUUUAUUCACCUCAUGGUACUGAGGCAAAUGCUGAGUUCUCUACUCCAGAGGUCUCUCUUACAUCACAAAUGGUUGAAUAUCCAGUUCUUGGAACAAAAAUUACAUCUAGUAACACAAAGUCUCUGCUUACAACUUCCUGGAACACACCCAGAACUGAAUAUUCUCAGUUUCCAAUUUCUACCACUACUCAUGUGCCUACAUCCAAAAAGACAGAAACAGAGACUCUGCACCUUGUUCCUGGGUCCUUGUCAACAUAUGCAGCCCCGCAGACUGGUCUAGUCUCUAAAGAUGUUAUGGCAAUGUCAUCAAUUACCACAUCAGAAAUUUUUCCUACCUUUGGUAUUUCUGAAAGCUCUUCAUUGUCAACAUCUUUAAGAGAUAUCUUCACCUCUUCUGCUAACAGUAAGCACACAUUUGAGAAAACAACCACAUCUGUAAUGCCUAGGACCACAUAUCCAUCAAAUCCUUCUAAAAUCUCCAAGACUACUACUUCAUCAAUGCUGACUUGGAUCUUAUCUAGUCUUCCUUCAGGUUUUUCCCUGGUGACUAUAACUAAUGCUCCUCAUGUUAUAACUUCCUCCCCAGUAGGGGUGUCAAAAUCUACAUUUCCAACUUCUUCCAUGAUAUCAACAUACCCACACAUUAACAUUUCAAUACUUCCCUUUGCUACUGAAAGCACCACACUUACAAAAAAUACUCCUACACCUACCCUGGGCAGUAUCAUUAAUGGCUCUCCAACUUCUCUCCCCAUUUCUACAAAAAUCACAGAUGACAAUGUAUACAUUUCCACAACCCCUGAAGUAUCCUCCAGAGCUACUAUGACUACCAACUCCAGAACUAUGUCUCAACCUCCAUCUGUUGAUGGAAUGAGUAUGUCACAUUCUACAGCUGACCACACUCCAUCUAUUGGUUCCAUGUCUCUGCCUAAACCUACAAAAACAUCUGCAUGGAGCUCAAUUCCAGCCGAGUCAGUAUCUUCUACUUUAACUCUUCCUAAUCCCAUACUAGAUUACCUCAUAAAUACAACCACUACUACAUCCAGUGCCACUGGAGCUUUAUUUUCAUUCACAGCUACUGGAAUAACACAUCCUUCCAAAGCAACUGUAACUUCACUAAAGUCUUCUUCUUUUGAGACAACCUGGAUGGACUCCACAUAUUCCUUUCUAUCUACAGAAGCACUGACUUCACCAGUUGCUGCUGAGCCCAAAGUUACAGUUUCCUUCUACAAUAUUGAAAUGAGCUUCUCUGUCUUUGAUGAAGAGCCAAGGGUCCCUGUUACCAGUGUUAUAAGUGAAUUGGCAAAAAAUUGGUUGAAUUAUAUAUUUCAAGACAGUGAAUUUUCCCUUGCUAAUCUGGCUAUCCAAAUAAAAAGCAGGAAAACUUCUGAGGAAGAAAUGGCCAUGGACCGACUUCUUAGAGAAGAGCAAGGAAUGCCUACAAUUUCCCAUGUACCAUACAGCUGUGCUUGUCAGGUCAUCAUAAAGGCUGACUCUUCUUUAGCAUCCACGGAAUUGAUCAUCAAGAUCAGAAAUAAAAUACAUGGCAACUUCUCACGUGGAAACUUCACACAAGAUCAGUUCACAUUAUUAGUAACGUCUGAACACAUCACAGUGAAAAAGCUAGAUCCAGGAAAGUGUGAAGCCCACGAAACACCCACUAAAUACAAAGGGACAUAUAAGUGGCUAUUAACCUACCCUACUGAGACAGCCCAAACCAGAUGCAUAAAAAAUGAGGAUGGAAAUGCCACUAGAAUCUGUUCAAUCAGCAUUCAAACAGGCAAAUCUCAGUGGGAGAAACCAAGGUUUAAGCAAUGUAAAUUGCUUCAAGGACUUCCUGAAAAGAUUGUGGAUCUUGCUAAUAUUACCAUCAGUGACGAGAAUGCAGAUGAUGUUGCAGAACACAUUUUAAAUCUGAUAAAUGAAUCUCCACCUCUGGAUGAAGAAGAGACGAAGAUUAUUGUUUAUAAAGUAGCUGAGAUUUCAAAGUGUGAUGAGAUAAGUAUGAACCUAACCCAGAUUAUAUUACAAAUAAUCAAUGCUGUUUUGGAAAAGCAAAACGAUUCAACCUCCAAUCUACAUCAAGUAAGCAAUGAAAUUCUGAGGAUAAUUGAGCGUGCUGGUCACAAGAUGGAAUUUUCUGGGAGGACAGCAAAUCUUACUGUGACCAGGUUGGCUUUGGCUGUGCUACGGGUGGAUCAUACUUUCAAAGGUAUGGCCUUUGGCAUCCCCUCCUAUGAAGAAGGUGCAGACCCUCAGAUCUACCUGGGCAAUGCCCCUCUGGAGAGGGUUUUGGCUUCCAUAUAUUUGCCUAAAUCACUGAGGGAGAAAAUUCCUCUUAACAACUUACAAACCAUCUUGUUUAGUUUUUUUGGCCAAACUUCACUUUUUAAGAUAAAAAAUGUCAUGAAAAAAUUAACCACAUAUGUUAUGAGUGCUAGCAUUUCAGAUAUGUCCAUUCAAAACUUGGCUGAUCCAGUGCUCAUCACUCUGCAGCAUAUUGAAGGAAAUUGGAAUUAUGAUCAGGUUCACUGUGCCUUUUGGGAUUUUGAGACUAACAAUGGACUAGGCGGAUGGAACUCAUCAGGCUGUAAAGUAAAGGAAACGAAUGUAAAUUACACAAUCUGUCAGUGUGACCACCUCACCCACUUUGGAGUUUUAAUGGAUUUAUCCAGGUCUACAGUGGAUGCAGUGAAUGAACGAAUAUUAGUUCUUAUCACAAACACUGGAUGCGGAAUAUCCUCCAUUUUCUUGGGAAUUGCAAUGGUGACAUACAUAGCUUUUCACAAACUUCGAAAAGAUUAUCCUUCCAAAAUCCUGAUCAACCUGUGCACAGCACUAUUGAUGUUAAACCUGGCAUUUCUGGUUAAUUCCUGGUUGUCAUCGUUUCAGAAAGAGGGACUUUGUAUCACAACUGCAGUGGCACUUCAUUACUUCCUGCUUGUUUCUUUAACUUGGAUGGGCCUGGAGGCAGUCCACAUGUAUUUUGCUCUAGUCAAAGUCUUCAACAUAUACAUUCCAUAUUAUAUCCUUAAAUUUUGUCUAGUUGGUUGGGGAAUCCCAGCAAUUGCAGUAGCAAUCAUACUCACCGUGAGAAAAGAUCUGUAUGGAAUUCUGAGCCCAACAACUCAGUUUUGUUGGAUCAAAGAUGAUUCUCUCUUUUACAUCUCAGUGGUGGCUUAUUUUUGCUUCAUAUUUCUGAUGAAUCUCUCCAUGUUCUGCAUUGUCCUCGCUCAACUGAAUUCCAUGAAAUCCCAAAGCCAGAAGACUCGGCAGAAGAUGAUUCUGCAUGAUCUCAAAGGCACAUUAAGCCUGACAUUCUUGCUUGGCCUCACCUGGGGGUUUGCCUUUUUCGCCUGGGGACCCGUGAGGAUAUUUUUCUUAUAUCUUUUUGCCAUUUGUAACACUUUGCAAGGAUUCCUCAUUUUUGUGUUUUACUGUGUGAUGAAGGAGAAUGUACGAGAGCAGUGGCAGAUACACCUCCGUUGUGGGUGGUUGCGAAUGGAUAACUCUUGUGAUGGAAGUAGCAGGUGUGGGUUAAAUGUUGGGUAUAAACAGAAGAGACUGAAGAAAAGCUUUGAGCACAAAUUGUUGGCAGCAUCCCUUAAAUCAACGGCAACAAGCUCCACUUCCAAGUCUUUAGGCUGUGUACAAGGCACUCCUUCAGAAAUGAUCUUCCCAUACGAUGACAUGGAUGAAGAUACCUACUGUUUUUCUUCCUUGGGUUGUGAAGUUAUGCCUGACUGUGCAAGAAGAAUAUUACCUAUGGAAAUCAAAAUGAAUUCCAGCCACAAAGAUUUUUUUUCAAUAAAUCUCAGCAGAGAUGCUCACCUCCUCCCACCUCUGGGCUGGGAAAAGUGUUGAAUUUAUGAAACAAUGUGCUCCAACCUCC